AUGAUCUCUGAAAGUGGUGAAUCAACGGCCAGUAGAACUGUUGGUUUCACAUCGGCUGGUGAGGAUUCAUUGUUCCACAAACUGAAAACUUCCGAAUUGCUCAAACAUCUGCUGAAAAAAUCGGGUGAUUCACAAAAUGAUUCAGUAAAUAAAUUCGCGAAGGUACCGCCGAAAAUCAGUCCGCAUCUCGAAUCAGUGCUAAGUGGUGCCAAAGACUCCGAUAAUGGGAUUAUGGACAAAUCGUGUGACAGUGAUGGUGAAGUGCGGAAUUACAGAGACAACUUGCAGCGGUUUCUCAGUGACGAAAGCUCGCAGUCGAAUCAAAAUGACGGAUUGUCCGAAGAGGAGCUUCCGGUUAUACCGGAUGAAGGGUUAUUCAAUGAAACCGUCGAUUACAUACUCGCAGAAGCCGAAAAGAAUCUUCACAUACAAUCGCCACCUUCUAGUCAAGUGUCGCAAGACAGCGAUAGCUACGAAUUCACGGAAUUGCUGCCAGUUUCAAAACUGGCAUUUUUCGAAACGUCUUUUUCGCCACAGCCAUCAACGUCAAAGAAUGAUGUUUCACCUGGCGCCACGUUUGAUCCGACGGCUGCCGAUGAUAGUUUAAGGAAAUCUACAGACAGUAUUAACACAAGCCAAAAAUCUGCUGGAAAUAACAGCGACAGUGAUAGCGAUAUUGAUAAUGAAAUGGUUUUAGUUCCUUCCGAUCCCCUCGAAUGGACCAACACCCAUAUUAAAUCUUGGCUGUCAUGGUGUUCUCGGAAAUUCUCACUAAAUCCGAAACCCGAUUUCGAGAAGUUCCCCACGACCGGAAAAGAACUAUGCGAACUAACAAGAACUGAUUUCGAAGCCAAAGCAGGUUGUGCAAGAACCGGCACGAUUCUUGCCAAACACAUCGCUCAUCUUCGCCACAGCGUCACUGGAAGAUCCACCAGUCCCCUAAACGUCGAAUGUAAAGUCUUCGAAGACGACGAUGACGACGAGAAAGAUCCCUAUCAACUGUUAAACGCGGCUUCAAGCCGAUUGGUGGCCCAAGGAUCCGGCCAGAUCCAACUGUGGCAGUUUCUCUUGGAACUGCUUGGCGAUUCGUCGAAUUCAGCGUGUAUAACGUGGGAAGGCACCAAUGGAGAAUUCAAGCUUACCGAUCCGGACGAAGUUGCACGGAGAUGGGGAGAACGAAAAUCUAAACCAAAUAUGAACUAUGAUAAACUCAGCAGGGCGCUUAGGUAUUAUUACGACAAGAACAUAAUGUCCAAAGUACACGGAAAAAGAUACGCUUACAAAUUCGACUUCCACGGUCUCAUGGCAGCUUGCCAAGCACAGGCUCAAGGUCAGACUGAUGUUACUCCAGGAUACCAUAAAUAUCAACCCCACCAAAGUGAAUUAGGAGCAGCUUUGUAUCCCACAGGACACACUACCGCUGCCAAAAUACCCAGCAUCCUUCCUCCGGGUGCACAACACGCCCAAACAGGAUUAUUCCCACCGCCUAGUUACUGGCCCUAUUCACCUGGAUCAUUCGAUCCCAGAGGACCUUUUAAUUGAGUAACAUUCCAAAUGAUUUGUUUUUGGUCAAGUUAUAAUGUUAGAAAUAUUUAGAGUAAGUACUUAUGUUACGUUUGUGUAUAUUGAGAUUAAGUUCCUUGUUUUUUAAAUAAAUUGUACAUAUUGUGUUUGAA